AUGAGCGAUGGGAAUAGACGGAUUGUUCCUGGGACGCAGCUUUGUUACCGUGCGCUUUAUGCAACCAUUGUGGGGGAUCAGCCGAAUGAUUGCCUUCCAGGCACCACUGUAAAGAUGAGCAGUGAUGGACCCAUUCUUGUUGACCAUGUCAUGCGUGUUGCGAGACGUUAUGUUGGCGGUAAUGCGACCAGCAAAAUGCACCAAGUCGUAGCAUUUGCGGGGAUGGAUAGCGCAUCCAAGGCCAUGAAAGCAGAGUUGGUCUCUGCAGUCGAGGAGUUGCGUCGUCAGAACCAGCAAUAUCAGCGAGAGUUGGAGACACGAACACAACAAUUGGAACUGCGAAAGCAAGAGGUGCAGACACUUCAGAACAAAUUGCGUGUGGUGCACAGUGAAGCCAAAAAGCGCGGCUAUAAUUUCCGUGACUUAGCUGACCGUGGGAAUCAACGAGGCGUGGAGCAUAAAAAGUCAUUUGACACGGACAGACACCAUGGCGGGCGCGAUUCCACGCCACCGCGUAGUUCGAGAAUUGGUAGCGGUAUGGGAGGAACCGGAGAAUACACGCGUCCGCCACUCCCACCGCUGCGUGUAGAUGACGCACUAUCCUCAACGGCCGUCCCGCCGCCGUCACCGUCACUUCAGACAUUCCAGCUGAAGCACUCGCAUUCCCCUCCGUCUUACAGUCAAGAAUCACGGUUGGUGGCCCCCAAUGGGACGGCAAAUGCGGCUCCCUCUUUGACGUCGCCUGCUUCUCUGGACGGCGGGAGCGUGGCUGAAAAUGGUGGCGGCAGCGACAUGAGUGUGAGUGCUUCUGUCAGCAAGAACGCUCUCCCACAGUUGGGACUGGAGGAAGACGUUAGGGGAAAUUGCAGGGACGUCGAGUCGGGGUCUUUGGACACGACAGAAGACACGCCUGGGAACCAUCCUCCACUGACUCGCAAAAACGGUGCAGGAGCCCCUAUUCUACCGAAGCAACUCCUCCAUGAAAGACCCGGAGCGAUGGUGUUCUGCCACCGCUGCCGACUCUUCCUUGCCCCCCACCCUGUUAGCGUGACGAACCACUUGCAAAGUGAGGGCCACCAGAAAAGCGCCAGCGCUUCACCAGCCUCUGGGACAACGUACACGCAGUUUGGAAAGCUGGUGCAGAAAAUGCCGCCAUUUAUUGAGCCUAUUACGGUGGUUUCAGACGAACAGAAACGGAAGGUGACGGCGGCCGGAAAUAAUUUUUUUGAAGGCGGGCUUGACAUUGUGAAUUCAACCUGCUCCAUUUGUCAGGAAAUCAUCACCACGCAAAGCUACAAAGUUCAUGAAUCUCUUCCGGCACAUCGUCGACGUGCGGCAGAAAUGAAGGCUGACCCUGCGGUGUAG